GGAAGGUUUUGUUCUGAAUUUCCCUAUUCCUUUUCCUAUUGGUCUUCCUCUUCACCUUUCUAACUCUUCUGGUCCUACGGCUGAGGCCACUGGCAAAGUAUCCUUGUCCCAUACCAGCUGUUGGCUUUGUCAGCAACCCUUCUCCAGGGUCCCAGGCCCAAGAGGGUUGGACAUGUGUUUGUCCUGGCUAUAUCGUCUUUGGGAGAAGCUUAGGCUCCUGUUCUGCCCCUGGACAAGAUCCACUAUUCAGCUUUCUACUUUGGUGAUCCCUGGCUCCAGAGAAAAAGUAUUAAAAGAGAUAGGAGAGUCAAAGAGGGUGGUAAACGAGGAUGUGAGGGAACAGUCAAGAACUCUGCUUCAGAUGCCCCAAACAGCUAUAUAUAAUGUCACCAGUUUAAUGGAAUCCUUCCUGCAUUUUGGCAGGAAGUUCGGGAUGGGAAAGACUACCCCUUCACAGCCUUCUUCACUGGGGCUUCCACACUAUAUGGAUUCAAAAGAAGCAGAGAUGCUGAGGGAUCUGUAUGUGGUCCUUUGGACAAUGAGGGAGCGGAUCAGGGAGCUAGUCCGCCGGCAGGAGAGACGGAGGCGGCGGCAUUCCAGACCCCCUGUCUGUACAUCGUCAGCCCGAGGCUCAAAACAGGAUGCCCGUAGUCCCCUGUAAGGGACUUCAGAUCGUCAGGCAGCCCCUCUCCUUCUCUCGUGCGGACCCCAACUUCGGCCAAUGGGAGGCGUGACAGGCCCUUAAGUUGAGGAUCAGGGCAGCAGGCCGAGGUUGGGAUGUGAGCAUAGUUCUUUUCCUUUGGUGAGGAAGUCCAGAAACGGGUCUAGAGUCCCGCAGACCCUUUGUUGGGAUGGGGGAUGGGUGGCGUUUCACAAUGUUUAUGCAAAUUAAUUAGUGUACUGAAUUAAAUGAGAGAUUUGUUUCUGAA